AUGCAAGACACACAGCGUAAUACCUCAACAGAUCUUUUUACCAACGCAACAUCAGCAGCGAAAAGAUCGUGCCAAGGCGGAGAAUGCAUUCCUUACAUAGUUAUUGAGGGUGCCAUAGCCAUCAUCGCCAUUCUAGCCAAUGUCUUAACGAUUCUUGCUUUUUAUCGCUUCAAAGGGCUGCGAACCAACACAAACACCAUUAUUGUGAGCCUAGCAGCCGUGGACCUGUUGACCGGGCUGGUGGGCAUGCCUUAUCACAUCGUCUCAGCCUACCUGGUCACUAGCGUGGACUCUUUACACCACCUGUCUUUUAAUAAAUAUUUUUGCCUGGGCAAAAUAACGGCGUUUGGGGCCUUGAACUCCAUUUCAUUUCUUCACCAACUUUUGAUCGCUGUUGAGAGAUGCAUAAAAAUAUGCUGGAGUCAGAGCUACCUGAAGCUGAUGUCAACCAGAAAGGUGGGGCUCGGGAUCGCUUCUCUGUGGCUGUACGUCAUGCUGAUGUUCUGCCCCCCUUUUCUCGGCUGGAACAGCUGGUCGCCAGGCGUGGAGUGCAGGGCCAAUAUUUCCAUGGAGCAGUUCACUCGGUAUGUGGUGUCUCCUCACAUUCCCAUUUGCCUAGUGACGGCGUAUGGCUGUUACUUCGGAAUUUUUCGACAUGUUCGAAAACAGAAAAAUAAACUCAGACCGUACGGUAACGCAGGGAGUAAUGGUACCGGCAUAGGCAGAAACCGUCCCCAGAUGGAAUCCAACGAAUUGCCAAACGUGCCUGCGCCAUUGCACCCGGCGGCUCCAGAUGCGGCCAUUGCAGGAACAUCGUCUAAAACGCAUGAAUAUGAAACAGAGUCUCUGGGCAGGAAGGAAAACACCUCCAACAAAAUCAACGGGGAAACCCUCUCUUCCCAAGUAGGACUGUCACAGCCAGGAGAUAGCAAGGGGAAUCACGGCCAAGGUUCGUCUCAGAUUGGCGCCGCUGACCAACGGAUCCAAGGUGAAAUGAAGCGUCCCUCCCCGGCCGUAGCUUGGGGUGAGGACAACACCACAUCGAGGAAAAGCGCACAGGGCAAUGUUCCCAACCCGAAAUUGACGGCACGAAUCCGCAGCAAAUGGAUCAACCAAGGCCCGACUAGUAAGAUGGAACUGAAAGUCGCCAAAAUGACGGCCAUCACGCUUAUCUGGUUCACGACUUUGUACCUGCCAUAUCCUAUUAUAAUAGCCACAGAGAAUCACUUCGAUAUUGACAGUGUUAUUCCAAAUAUCCUCUUUAAUUUAGCUAUAGUGUUGAUCUCUUUAAGUUCCGCGAUUAAUCCGUUGAUUUAUGGGAUCAUGAAUGCAAAAUUCAAGGCGGCCUACUUGAAAAUUCUAAAAUUGAAAUGA